AUGGCCGCCUCCGUCCUCCCCUCCGUCCUCCUCAUCGUCCCUGCCAUCUACCUCUACCUGAUCUUGGCCGAGCGCAAGCUGCGCCAUAUCCCCACCGUCGGAGGCCCUUCCUUGCCCAUUCUCUCCUUCCUCGGCUUUGUUAGGUAUCUCGUGCGCGGCCACGACCUCAUCCAGGAGGGCUAUGUACGCUACAAAGGUGGUGUCUUCAAGUAUAAGGCCACCCGCGGCUGGACCGUCAUUGUAACAAGCACCCCGCUCAUCGAAGAGCUCCGCAGGGCGGCCGACGACGAGUUGUCCUUUGCCGAGUCGACGAACGAGGUUCUGCAGAUUCCGUACACGCUCGGCGCGAACAUCCACCACAACCCCUACCACAUCCCCAUCGUUCGCUCCCAACUCACACGCAACCUCAGCACGCUCUUCCCCGAUCUCAGAGACGAGAUCGCCGCCGCGUUCAACGACGAGAUCCCACUCAAGGGCGACGAUUGGGUAAAGAUUCGCGCGCGCGACGCAAUCACCCAAAUCGUAUGCAGAACCAGCAACCGGGUCUUUGUCGGCCUUCCGCUAUGUAGAGAUCCAGACUACUGCGAGCUCAACAAGAGGUUUACCAUCGACGUGGUCACGAAGGCAUAUGCACUUUCCCUUCUCCCGGACGUUCUGAAGCCGAUCGUGGGCAAGUUAUUGAAGACAGUAGAACGGAGCGUUGACCGUGGUGUCGAGCACGUCGAGCCGCUCAUCACAAAGCGGCUCAAUAAGAUGAACGAGCUCGGCGAUGAAUGGGCAGAUAAGCCGACGGAUAUGCUACAAUGGCUCAUCGAGGACGCACAGGGCGAGGAGCGCACGGUGCGCGCACUCGUCCUGCGAAUCCUGACCGUCAAUUUUGCGGCAAUCCAUACGUCGUCCAUGGGCUUCAUCAACGUCCUGCACUAUCUCGCCGCGCAUCCACAGUACGUACAGCCGAUGCGCGAAGAGGUUGACGCGGUACUCGAGCAGGAGGGCUGGUCCAAGACCGCGCUCGGGAAGAUGCGCCGCGUAGACAGCUUCAUCCGGGAGGUGCAGCGGCUCACAGGGCUCGGCGCGACGUCGAUGCAGCGGCUCGCGCUGAAGGACUUUACGUUCUCGGAUGGAACGUUCAUCCCCGCGGGCACGUUCGUCGCGGUGCCGGUGCGCGCGAUUCACUACGACGAGGAGAUAUACCCACACGCGACGCUGUUCGACCCGUGGCGCUUCUCGAGCAUGCGCGACGAGGACGGGGAGGGCACGAAGCACUCGGCAGUGAGCACAAGCACGGAAUACAUUCUGUUUGGUCACGGGCGGCAUGCGUGUCCCGGGCGGUUCUUCGCAGUGAACGAACUCAAGGCGAUGCUCGCGCACAUUUUACUGACGUACGACGUCAGGCUGGAGGGCAAGGAGGGCGUCCUGCCGCCGGCGCGGUUCGUCGGGGGCUCCCUGGUGCCCGAUAUGGAGGCGCAGGUACUCUUCCGGAGACGCCAGGCGUGA